AUGCAAUCCGCCUCACCACUCUCUGCUUCGCCCGCCCCACAUCCUCUCGUGCCCCUCCCCCCACCCAUGCGCCAUUGCCCCUCCCCCCACCCCCAUGCGCCAUUGCCCCUCCCCCCCACCCCAUGCGCCAUUGCCCCUCCCCCCCACCCCAUGCGCCAUUGCCCCUCCCCCCACCCCAUGCGCCAUUGCCCCUCCCCCCACCCCAUGCGCCAUUGCCCCUCCCCCCACCCUGCGCCAUUGCCCCUCCCCCCACCCCAUGCGCCAUUUGCCCCUCCCCCCACCCCAGCACCGGCCCCCCAUCCCCCCCCACCCAUGCGCCAUUGCCCCUCCCUCCCCUCCCACCCUGCCCGUGUCCUACCACCACGUGCCAGCCUCAUCCAUCUCCCUCCCCCAUGCUCCUCCCAAUCCCCUGAUCCAUCCCCCCCCCCUCCCCCCCCCCCCCCCCCCUUCCCUCUCGGUCCACCCCCACACCCCAUGCUCCACGCUCCCCCGCCAACCCCCAGCAUGGCAGUGUCCUACCAGGACGUGCCAGCCUCGUCCAUCAACCCUGACUGCCUGGACGAGUUCGACCAAUGCGAGGCCGACAGGUGGCACCUCCCGCCGUCCGCGUCCAGGUCAUCUUUUUCCGACGAUGAAAACCUGCCCACAGCCCUGUCCCACCAGCUCUCCCGGCACAGCAGCCGCAAUGCUGCCUCGCAUUCCUCCUCGCCUCCCACCUCUCUCCCCCUUCCCACCGCUCCCCCCACACUCCCCACUCUCCCCACCCUCCCCACUCUCCCCAUUCUCCCCACGUUCCCCUCUCUCUAUACCUCCUCCCCUCUCGCCACCAUCGUUUCUUCUGGCGAGCCUCCCCCUCAGCCUGUUUCACCCUCCUCCACCGCCCUCUCCCCGCUGCUUCCCCCUGCCUCCGCCCCCCCCAAAGCACUGCCCCAUGCCACUUUCGCCAUGGUCACGGUGGGCAAGGUCUUUGCCAUCGGCCAGUCCGCCACGACCUUCUCUCUCGCCAAUCCCUCCUCUGUGCUUGAGAUUGUGCUCAAGAACGAGAACCGUCUCAUGCGGGACUCCUUUUUGGGAGCCAUCUCGCUGCCAGUUACCUCUCUCCCACACCGCGUUCCCCCUGCGCCCCCUGUUGACCCGCGCUGGAUUCGCCUCGACAAGAAAGCUGCCAGCGCCCCUGCCAGCGCUGCUCGCAGCACCGUCAAAGGCAAAGCUCAGGUGGAAGUGACCACAGGCACUCACAGCGUUCAGCUCGCGUCCGCUUCUUCUUCACACUCAACCCCUCUGCCUCCCUUGUCCUCCAACCAUCCCACCCCACCCCACCCCUGCCUUGCAGGCGAGCUGCAAGUGGCGGUGUGGAUAGGAGUGAGGGCGGACGAGCAGUUUGCAGAGGCCUGGCAGUCGGACGUGAAGGGUGUGGCGCACCACCGCUCGCGCACCUACCCCUCUCCACGCCUCUGGUACCUGCGCGUACACCCCUGCAAGCUGGAGCACCUCCCUGUGCCGCGUGUUGCACCCAACCUUGUGAGUUCUGAGACGUCUAAAAGGCCACGCCUCUGGUAUGCCUCUGGUACCCCUCUCCACGCCUCUGAGCCUAUGUCGUUCCAAUCCCCUUCUUUCCCCCACCCAUCAUCCCUGCUCCCUCCCACCAAUCAGGUGGUGCGGCUACGAGUGCCCUGCGGCAUGCAGGUGCAGACAGGCCCCGCCACCCACCGCACUCCAUCGCUGCCCGGCGAAAGCGAUGCGGGCGGCGGGGUCAACGUGAGCAACGCCAUGGGCAAUGUGAGCAACGCCAUGGGCAACGUUAGCAACGCCAUGGGCAACGUGAGCAACGCCAUGGGCAACGUGAGCAACGCCAUGGGCAAUGUGAGCAGCGCUAUUGGCAACGUGGGCAGUGCUAUGGGCAGCAUGCGGAGCCUUGGGGGCAGCCUGCGCAACAUAGGCGGCAGCAUGCGCAUGCCCCCCGUCUUCCCCCUCCGCAGGGCCGCAGCAGAUGCGGCCAAGACAGGCGCAGGGCAGGGCGCAGAGCAGGGCACGGGGCAGGGCGCACAGCACGGGACAGGGCAAGGCCCAGGGGAGAGGACAGGUGCAGAUGGGGGUGCAGGAGGGGAGGAGGGGCGGGAGGAGGGCGUGUGGGUGUGGGGCGAGGGCGAUGAGCAGGUGCUGGUGGUGGCAGAGCCGCUGAAUGGGCACCUGCACGUGCAGAUCGUGAAUGUCAUCUCUCCCUCCUGGGUAAGUUGUGAGCCCACUGUCCACCCAUCAAGAACCCCUCAACACCCCGCCUCACCCCCCCACACCCCUCCCUGCACGUCCCCGCGGCAGGAGGAGGUGGUGGCAUCAGCAGGCGUGCUCAUCUCCUCCAUCCCCGCCCGCAUCACCCUCGACCCCCUCGAACCCAUCUCCAUCGCUCUCCAAACCACCGCCUCUGCCACUCCUGCAGCCAUCACCACUGCAAACCGCACCUCCUCUUACGACUCCCUCGAAUCUCCCUCUAAACCAUCCCCAGCCCCCACUAUCGCAUCCUCCCUCUCCACCUCCUCCCUAUUCCACUCCUCCUCCCCUCCCUCCUCCUCGCACAACAGGGGAGUGACCACGUCAACAGACACCCCUCUGGGCCGCAUACGCAUGCGCCUCAGCGCCAUCGACUCCACGCGCGCCCUCUCCUCGCACCAGCCGCUGCUGUGCCUCACCAAGAAGGGCGUGAAGCAGCUGGGCCAACUGCACCUCGCGCUGCGCCUCUCCCCCGCCAUCCCCCUCUCCCGCCUCGCCGCCACCUACAUCCGCCCCACGCUCCCCCCCGCGCAUUACCACUUCCCCAUCCCCGAAUCCCAAGAACCAGCACUCUUACAGGAGGCUGUGGGCCUGCUGUGUGCGCAGCUGGGAGCAUUCGACCCGCCGCUGCGAGCCGAGGUGGUGCAGUACAUGGGGGAGUGCGAUGAGGACGUGCUGUCAGUGCGGCGACUUAAAGCCAACCUGCAGCGGAUCAAAAUGCUGCGGGCGCGGUUCUCUGCCAUGGCUGCUGGGUUCAAGGCCGUGCGGUCGUGGGAGAGCCUUCCUCUCACGCUCGCCGUGCACGUGGCGUACGCUUUCGCACUGUUCUACCCGUCCUUCAUCCUCCCCACGCUCUUCUUUCUCCUUGCCUGGCAACUGCUCGCCUCCUCCCCCACUCGCCCCCUCGGCCCGCCUCUGAUGGAUCUGAAGCUUUCGCAGGGGGAGGGUAGGGAAGGGGUGGCGGAGAUAGGAGGGGAGGAGGGGGAUGAUGGGGAUGAGGAGGACGAGGAGCAGGAGAAAGGUGGUUCGGGUCCGGUGGCGUACUAUAAGGCCCUGAGGGCCAAGUACGACAAGCUCAUGGACGGUGCAGGGAGGGUGCAACGGGGCCUUGGGGUCAUUGCUGACGCAGCAGAGAAGAUAGAGAUGCUGCUGACGUGGCGAGAUCCAAGCGCUCAUGCUGCUGCUGCUCUUUUGAGCCUCCGUGAUGCCCCUCUCUGUUCAUCCCACCCAAACCACCCCUGCUCCCUUUCCCAACCCCUCAGAGCCACGUUCCUGCUCAUGUCAGCGUGCACGGCGCUCAUGGCUGUGCUGCUGCUGCUGCCCUUCCGCCCCGUGGCGCUAGCAGCGGGCUUCUGGGCGAUGAGACACCCGCGCCUGCGCCGCAUCACGCCCACCAAGGUCAAAUGCUUCCUCGCUCGCCUGCCCACGCGCGCCGACACCAUUUACUGA